GAUAUUUACAGUGAGUUGUGUUGCUUCCAGCGCCCUUAUAUAAGAAGGAGGACUGGGUUUGGGAUCGAGUCCUUCUUUUGGUGUUGGAGUGGAGAGAAGAUCAGCGGCAUGGCUUUUAGUGUGCAGCCUGUUCAGUGGACUGCAGACUACAAGGAUAUAAACUACGAUGGAGUCCUUUUGGUAGCGCAGAACUUCGUAGACCUCCCCAGUGAGCUGGAUGGACUGAAGGCUCCUCUGCAGGCUUAUAGUGCUGUGGACAGCUCUCUGACCGAAAACGUGGUCAUCCUUAAGGUUGAGGAUUUACCAGGAGAGAGGCUGGUGUUCGCUCCUACCGGGCCGCUCAACCGAGACUACGAUGACGUCAGGCGCUUCAGCGAUGCCGCCGAGAGUGGCAUCAAGAGGGCAAUGAAAGCGGGCAUGCAGCGCCCUCUGCUGGUGUGUCCUCCACACAGCGCAUAUAAGCAGAACACCCUAGCGGCGGUCCUGGGAGCGUUACAGGCUCUGUACAUGCCCCUGGAGCUGCGUGAGGUGAAACCUUCUCCUUAUAAAGUAUCUGUAUUGGGGGUGUGGGUGAAGGACAAGGGUGAACACAUCACCGAGCUCGCUGUGGCUCUGGAGAGCGGAAGGGUAGUGUAUCGGGACAUCGGUGGUUCUGAUCCAGAGCGCAUGGCUGCACCACGUGUAGCAGAAUAUGUGCAGAAAGUGUUUAAGGACACCAGUGUACAGGUGGAGGUGGUGAGUGAUUUGGAGAUUUUGAAGAAGGAGUAUCCGUGUUUGGCUGCAGUUAAUCGCUGUGCUAACAAUGUGCCACGUCAUCAGGCCCGGGUGAUUCACCUUGAGUAUCUUGGAGAAGGUCCCAUUCAGCAAACCCUUAUGCUGGUGGGCAAGGGCAUUACCUAUGACACUGGUGGCGCUGACAUCAAGGCUGGAGGAUUCAUGGCUGGCAUGCACAGAGAUAAAUGUGGAGCUGCUGCUGUAGCUGGAUUCUUCCAGAUACUGGCCAAGCUGAAGCCUAAAAAUCUAAAGGUUGUAGGCUCCAUGGCGAUGGUGCGCAACAGCGUGGGCUCAGACUGCUAUGUGUCUGAUGAGCUGAUCGUAUCUCGAGCUGGGCGCAGAGUUCGUGUUGGAAACACCGAUGCUGAAGGACGCAUGGUCAUGGUGGACUUGCUCUGCGAGAUGAAAGAGAAGGCGGUGAAGGAAGUCUCUCCGCACCUGUUUACCAUCGCCACACUGACUGGUCAUGCCAUCAGAGCCAUGGGGCCCAAUUACUCUAUCAUUAUGGAUAACGGAGCUGCACAUCGUGAGAAGAACGCCUCAAAGUGGCAGGAAGCGGGUGAGGUCCUGGGAGACCUGUUCGAAGUGUCCAGGAUCCGCAGGGAGGAUUAUGAGUUCCACAAAGGAAAGUCCGAGUAUGAGGACAUCCUGCAGGCUAACAAUCUGCCCUCCACUGCUACACCACGUGGACACCAGGCUCCUGCUGCCUUCCUCAUCAUGACCUCCGGUCUGGACCAGCAUGGAUUGGACUCGGACCACCCUAUCCCCUACUCUCAUCUCGACAUCGCUGGUUCCAGCGGUCCUUUCCCAGGAGUCCCCACUGGAGCUCCUCUUCUCGCCAUGGCAACCAAAUACAUUAUCUAGAACAGACGUCGCCUCCUGUCCAUCGCUUUACCUUCAAACAUCCGUGUCCAUUUAAUCCACGUCGAGUUUUACACAAUCACCAUGUAUCCUGUGCAACAUUGAUUUUUUUUUUUUUAUGACUCUCUUUUCCAUCAACACGAUGCUGAAACUGGAACCAUGAGAACUGACCCACAUUUUUACUCCCUCAAGACCAGAAUUGUUUUAUUUUAAACACGCAGCAACAUUUAAAAAAAAAAAAAAAAAAAAGGAAACAUGUGGAACAAGUCCAGUUCCUGCAGCUUGUUAGUGGAAAAGCGUCAGAUGAUUCACGUGUAAUAAAUCAAUGUCCUUGUC